GGCACUCAGAGGAGCGGCGUCCACACCAGUGAACCCGAUACUCGUUGACCCCGCUCGGCCACGGAGCAGCAGCAGCCACAGAACUCUUUAAAUCAUGGACAAACAACAUGGGCAAAUGAAUGCUCCUGACCCAGGAACAAAUUUCCCAGCUGCGUAUCCUCAAUAUCCUCCAGCAGCAUUCCAAGGACCUCCAGGACAUACUGGCUACCCAGGCCCACAGGCACCCUAUCCUGGAACUCAGGCAGGCUAUCCUGGCCCCUAUGCUAACUACUCAGUCCCACCACAUGGCUAUUCAGGUGCUGGUCCAGUGGGCUUUCCGGUCCAACACCAGCCAGUGUACAAUCAGCAAGGUGGACCUGCAGGGACACCGUGGAUGCCAGCACCACCACCUCCAUCAGACUGCCCACCAGGAUUAGAAUAUUUAACUCAGAUAGAUCAGGUACUGAUUCAUCAGCAAGUUGAGCUUCUAGAAGUCUUAACAGGUUUUGAAACAAAUAAUAAAUAUGAAAUUAAGAACAGCCUUGGACAGAGGAUUUACUUUGCUGUGGAAGAUACUGAUUGCUGUACUCGAAAUUGCUGUGGGCCUAAUAGGCCUUUUACUAUGAGAAUUCUUGAUCUUAUGGGCCGAGAAGUCAUAACUCUGGAGAGACCACUAAGAUGUACCAGCUGUUGUUGCCCAUGCUGCCUUCAGGAGAUAGAAAUCUGUGCUCCUCCUGGUGUACCAGUGGGUUAUGUGUCUCAGAAUUGGCACCCAUGCCUGCCAGUGUUUACAGUUCAAAAUGAGAGGAGAGAGGAUAUACUAAAGAUUAGUGGUCCAUGUGUUGUGUGUAGCUGUUGCGCAGAUGUUGAUUUUGAGAUUAAAUCUCUUGAUGAAAAAAAUGUAGUUGGCAAGAUUUCCAAGCAGUGGACUGGUUUUGUGAGAGAGGCAUUUACAGAUGCUGAUAACUUUGGGAUCCAGUUCCCCUUAGACCUUGAUGUGAAAAUGAAAGCUGUCAUGAUCGGCACCUGUUUCCUCAUUGAUUUCAUGUUUUUUGAAAGGAGUGGAGGCCAAGAAGAGAGAGCGGGAGUGUGGUAGUGGAUGAAUAAAGUCUCCUCAGAAAGUGUGAAGUCUGUAUCCUGACUGGGACUAUGCACAAGCAAAAUUCAUGGGGCUUUCCUUUUCUUUAUUGAAAUGACUUAUAAUUUGUGAAUUACACUGUGAUACCUGAAGCUCCAGGUAUAUGAUUUCAGUUUUUAAAUUAUAGAGCUUAUUUUCUGUAUCACUUAAUUAUAAAUGUUUUUAUACCUUUUCUUUCAUUUUAUACAUUUUGUAUUUUAUUGUGUAUUUCUGAGAAAGGGCAUUAGAAUUUUUACACUUAAACACAAAACUGCCUUUGAUAAAUUGCUUUAUUUUUAAAAAAUUGCUUUAUUUUCAAUUAACAAAAUUAAUUAAAAUGAUUUCAAUAUAAAAUUAUACAUUAUUUUAUUAAACUUAUUUAAAAUUUAUUUUAUAUGUAACAGCUGUUAUUUUGCAAAUAUUUUAUAUUCAAAAAGGUUAAAAAUGAACAUAACUUCAGUUUCCUUUACAAUUAUGUUCAAAUAAUGCUCAAGUUCAUAUCAUCAAGGAAAAGUAAGAAAUGUAUUUGUUUUUAUUCAGCAGUUAAACCACAUUUAACUUUUUAAUAUAAACUAUCUGUUACUAUGAUUUUCAUAUUGACAAUUACCAAUUCUUAAUGGAUUUCAGUGAAAAAGAUAUGAUUCUGUCCCAAAGAAAGACACUUUAUUUAAAAAAUCACUCACUCUAAAACUUGAGUAUUGUUAUAAUUUUUGAGGUAAUUUGUUACACAUGGAAUGCUUUGUACCUAAUUCUAUCAUUCAUAGAGCACGGCAGUUAUAAGAUCACUCAGAUAUUUAUUAAAUAGAACAUAUAUAUUUCACCAGAGUAUGAACUUCACUAAUAGGCUAGUGGGUUAUAUAUGCCAACAAUCAAGUAACUGAAAUAAAAAAUUAUUGAUA